UCGAUCGGCAACGGGACACGACCAUUGUUUUCGCUGGCUCUGGUGCAUUUCGUAAUUUGCGCCGACAUGCGUACGAAGACGAAGUCGGGCCGCAUGAAGAAGGUCGCGUCGCGCAAGAAGAUCAUGCUCUUCCACCCGGACGACAUCACAACCAAGGACACGUACGCCGGCGUCGACCUCGAGCACCUCUACGACCUCACCAUGUCGUCCCGCGUUGCCGUGGUCGCCCCGGCACCGCACCGCGUGAGCCACUGCGCGACCGACGUCACGGACGACGAGAGCAGCAGCUACCACGUCCUCUCCAUCUGCCAGGAUGACUUUGACAUGCUCGAGGUCGAAGACUGCCCGAUCCUCGAGGACGAGCUCUUCUCGUCGCGGCGCAACACCCGCCUCCGUCGCCGCAGCGUCCUCCCGAAUUUCUUGCAGCGUAUCUUCUCGCGUACGUUGUGGUAGUAGACCGCUGGCCUUUCGUUGGUAAAAGGAAGCGACGUUCGUAUUUAAGUUAAUUUAUAGAGCCAUGAUCUGCGCAAAAUGCAAAUACGAUGCACGCAC